AUGCCUGGGUCAAGGUCACGAGGUCUGAAGAGCUGGCCUUGUUGGACUCAGUCGGCAACGACUGCAACACCACAACGCUUCAGAUGGCUGCGGUGCUUCAUGACAUGGGGUAAGGCUACCUACUUGACCGGGGAUGAAGUUGAUGAGGGUGACGAGGGCAAGCAGGAUGACGAUGACGAAUCUAUGCCCGAGGAGGAGGUGGUCGUUCUCCACGAGGCCUAUGUAGUGCAGGAAACAACGAAAGCUAAGUACCGUGAGGUCGCUAAGGCUAGUGGUGUUGAUCCUCGUGUCGUGCAAGACAACCGUCCUUGCAUCAAGGACAACAAGCAGGCGCUAGAGGACCGUGUAUCGUGA